AGUUGUAUCAUGCUGGUACCGUCUGCGCUCGCCGUCGUGCGAGACUUCUGGUGUGUUUCGAUCGGCCUGUGGGUUGGAAACAGGCUGUCAAGUUAUGUUUAAUUAAACUAAUGUGUCUGAUGCGUUCAAAUGAUGACGGUUAUAUUUAAUUAAUCAUUUUAACUUGACGGUGCCGUCACAGGCGCCGAUCAAGAAGCCCGUGGAGCCGGCGGCACCGGCAGCCCUGGUCAUCACCAUCCUCACCACCAGCUGGUGGCUGGUGCCUCUGUCCGCCGAGCAGGGUGUUCUCGCCACCCUCGCCACCGGCGCCCUGUCUGGCGAGGAUUCGCUGGUCGGCAGCACCGUCUGUGCUGCUUGUCGCCAUCCUUGUCACCGGCCGGAGCCUCUGACGCCGCCUCGACGACGGCGGCUGCAGCCCCGACGCGGACGCCAGCCGCUGCGUGAAGCGGGCGCGGCCUCAAGAGCGGAGCAAGACCCCAAAGUACAAGCUGUCCGACAAGCACCGGCCGACGCCCCUAACGACGCUGAGAAGGUUCUGAUCAUUGCCAUCCUAGCCACCGAGAAGGGGCGCCUUGCUAGCAAGGAAUUUCACCAACCAUAAAAAAUUUGUGCAAUCAGUUGAAGCAAUGGAUGGCCAUCGACCAUUGGGAGACGACACAAAUACCUUGAAUCCUCGUAAGCAACAAUCACAUGAUCAUCUUGAUAUCCACGCUGUGGAAGAUGUUGAUUGCACCGAGCAAAGGGAAAUUAAACGCCAAAGGGCUAGGGAGAAAUACGCAAGCAUGCCAACUGAUAAAAAAUCCGAGUUGAAUGCAAAGAGGCGGGAAAGGUACCAUCGAAAAAAGGCCGAGAGAGAAGCUGCUUGAAAUAAUAUAGAAAAUCUCGGUACAUUUUUUAAAACCUUUCCCAUCAAUAGGUGUUUGCUUCUAUGGUCAAUGAAACAAAUACUUCCAAUGAUGAUGUACAGCACGACACUUCUGAGAUCAAUGGGGGAACCACGGAUGAUAUUGGUGACAUGUGGUUGCAUCGCAAUGAUUCUUUCCAAAGGACUCCAACAGAGGAUCUGAGCACUCCGUUCAGAGCAUCUGUUGUUCUUCCGAAAUUGUCCACUGUUGAGCAACAAAUGGAGAAAGCAAGAGAAAGGUCAAUUAAGUGGUACCAUAACAUGACAGUUGAUGCGGUGAAUGCACUUAUGAUUGAUAGAUUUCCAGGGAAGCAGAAUGUUUUCUACAACUUUGACUCUGUCAAUGAUGACUCACGUAACAAUUAUCCUCUUGAUUUUCUCAACUCGAUUACCCUUAAUGGGCUGCCCCCUCAUGAGUUGAAGGUUAAGAAGAACUGUCCUCUUAUAUUGCUUCGUAAUCUCGAUCCUCAUAAUGGCUUCUGCAAUGGAACUCGACUGGUGGUACGGGGAUUCCAGAAUAAUUUGAUUGAUGCUGAGAUUGUUAAUGGGCAGCAUGCAAGAAAGAGGGCAUUCAUACCGACGAUACCAAUGUCUCCUUCCGAAGACCUCACUCUUCUGUUCAAAUUUAAGAGGAAGCAAUUCCUCAUCCGGUUGAGUUUUGCGAUGACAAUUAACAAGGCACAGGGUCAGACCAUAUCUAAUGUAGGUAUCUACCUCCCCGAGCCUGUGUUUUCACACGGACAGCUAUAUGUUGCAUUGUCAGCUAUAUGUGGCAUUGUCAAGAGGUGUAUCUCGUGAGAAUACAUGGGUUCUUGCAAAGAGAAACAUGAACAUCGAUCCUACUGGAAAGAGUACGAAGAAUAUUGUAUACAGAGAUGUCUUGGAAUCGUGAGGUGUGUUUGUGCAACAGUUUUAUAUAACCGUCGGAUGUAGUAAUAUGCAUUUAUGCACUCAUAUAGUCAUGUGC